AUUGACGAUGAAGGUAAAGUUUUGGGUAGUAACAACAUUUUUCCGUUCCAAAACCGAAACUAAUUCGGACAACAAUUCCUCCUCUUCAGUGUCAAAAACAUCCAAAUCCAUUUUGGGGUGAAACAGGUGUGGGGAUUUCUGUUGAUUAAAUUGAUGAUCCAACAUAAACUCCUUCCCGACUGACCGCCACCGCCGCCGCCACCACCGCUACCAUCACAUCCGUCUGUUAAGCUCAAAUAAGGAAAAGAGAGAUACCAAAGUAAAGGACGCGAUCGUACUUAAGCCUUUAAGGGCAUUAGGGUUUCAAGGUUAGAUGAUUGAAUUCAAAAGGUACGUUUUUUUUUGUGUUUGUUUCUAUUUCGCCACGAGCUUUUUUAUUUAUUUUUUAUUGUUUUAACCUGUUUCUGUUGAUGCUAUUAUUGCUGGUUUCGCGUGCUUCGAUUGAAUCCGUCUUAGCUUUGCUUUUAGAAAUUUUAGCUCUUUCGUGUGCUUUUUAUAAGGUGGGAGGUCUAUUUUUGGAGCACAGAUGAUAGUAAUAGAAUGAUUGCCGUAAUCAUGGCCAAAUUAAAAAGAUACUAUUAAGAAAAAGGAUCUGCGAGCUGGAAUAUGGGGUUUUUGGCUGGAUUACGUUGUUGUUUUGAUUUUCCAUUUCGGCAAGGAGAUAGGUUUCAUGGUACUGUGUUUUUCUUUGGAAUUGACUUUUGACUAUAUUAUAAACGUUAACAGGUUGAAUUUUGAAUAAAGAGUUCAUUUUCUCGUGGUGCAGUAAAAUCUUUCAUCGCUUUUGGUUGAUAGAUGUACGAGGUCCAUCUAGUGUCAAAAUACUAAUUCUUGUAGCUAGCGACUCAAAUUUUAAGUUUUCGUAAAAGUUUUAAAUGCUUUAAGACCAUGUUUAGAGCUCUUUAAAUUAAUUGGUCUAAUGAUUGAAUUAUCUCCCCAGCCUUGGACUGCCAGAGACCAUGGUAACAUGGGCUUCAUGCAACCAACCUUAGAUUAAGGCAUUGCAGUAUUAGUUGUGACUUUAUGACCUUGGAUUAUUGUUUGAAGUUGUAUUGGAAUAUAGGUUGUUUUCUUCGAGUGCAUCAUUGAUUUUUUUAUUGUUGAUUUAGCAGUAUUAGUUGAUUAGGUUGUUUGGCACCUAUAGUUUGGAUAAUCAUUUCUAGAAAUAUAUGCUUGUGUAGGGUUUACUGCAAUUCCAGAGAUGAAUUUUUCUUGAAAAUUACUAUCGUUUAUUGUGUGUUAAUGGUUUUGUAUCGUUGCCUUUGAAACUCCUUACCUACUAGCACAAUUGUAGAAGGUUUUGCUUGAUAGUGUCGUUGGUAAUGCAGAUUUUUGACCCUUGGAAAGAGAUCUUCACAAUCUUUGCACCAGAAUCAGCCUAGGAUCACCUAUACAGGAGGGGUGAAGCAUGGCCACGGUCAUGCUAGCAGUAUUUAUUCUGGGGGCUUAAAGUAUGGGUGGGACAUUGGAACUGGCUUGUAUUCCCCAAACUCUAGGCUGUACCCGCACUAUGGGUUGCCUAGUAGUAAGUUUGGUUUAUCUUCAUUGUUUGGAGUUAGAAAUCACUUAUGUAACAGGAUGGGAAGACUUUUGGCAGCUCCAAAAGGUAAAAUUGUGGCACAAGGUUCCCAACAUGCUUGGAAGCGUCUGUAUAAGAGGUCUUCUAGGAGAACUCAAAGUAGCCGUCCGACAAAGAGAAUUGGCCAGGCAGUUAGCUUAAGCUUCACGAGGUCUUAUGGCUGUAGACCUGGUUCAUUCAAAAUGUUUGGGUCUAGAAAUCAGUUUCUUGGUAAAGCAUUUGUACAGCAAGCUCAACUUGCUUGGAAAAGUUUUUACAGGAAAUCCUCCAGCAAUAUGCGAACUAGUCCGCCUAUAAGGAGAAUUGCUCAGUCUGUUAGCAUAGCCUUUAGCCGCUCUUACGUGAUCAUUCCUGGAUUAUUUGCCAUUGCAUGUGGAGGAAAUGUGGCAGUGGCACAAGCGGAAGCACAUCCUGAUGUGGAUUUCAUCCAGCAAAGACAUUCGAUGUACAUGCAUGCCCGUGAUGGCCAGGUUAUGGUUGUCUCCUUGAUGGUAUCUGUAUAUCAGGGGAUUUAUUUGUUGCUCCGAGCACUCCAACUAGCAUUUCUUUUCUCGCCCUGUAUUGUGAUGGCUCCAUUUGCAGAUUCUUUUGGACCUCAAUAUAGGAAGAUUUGGCUUCAGCUUGUCCAUAAGACACUGGAAAGAGCAGGUCCUGCAUUUAUUAAAUGGGGCCAGUGGGCUGCAUCUCGUCCUGAUCUUUUUCCUAGGGAUUUAUGUGCUGAGCUCUCCAAGCUUCACUCUAAAGCUCCUGAACAUAGCUUUGCCUACACUAAAAGGACAAUUGAAAAGGCUUUCGGACGUAAGCUUACGGAAAUUUUUGAUAACUUUGAGGAGGCUCCUGUAGCAUCCGGAAGUAUUGCUCAGGUUCACCGAGCUUCUUUGAAGUAUCGAUAUCAAGGUCGUCAGAUGAAGCCUAUGGUGGUCGCUGUGAAGGUUAGACACCCUGGUGUUGGUGAAUCAAUUAAAAGAGAUUUUGAAAUCAUCAACAUUGUCGCAAGAUUAUCAAAGUUCAUACCCACGCUAAAUUGGCUGAGAUUGGAUGAGAGUGUUCAGCAAUUUGCAGUUUUUAUGAUGUCUCAAGUUGAUCUUGCAAGAGAAGCUGCCCACCUGAGCCGUUUCAUUUAUAAUUUUCGUAGCUGGAAGAAUGUCUCAUUCCCAAAGCCGGUAUAUCCACUGGUGCAUCCUGCCGUGCUAGUGGAAACUUUUGAGCAAGGGGAAUGUGUGUCCCACUAUGUUGACGAGCUUCAGGGGCAUGAACGACUUAAAAGUACUCUUGCUCACAUUGGGACCCAUGCAUUAUUGAAGAUGCUUCUGGUGGACAACUUCAUACAUGCUGAUAUGCAUCCAGGGAACAUCCUUGUUCGUGAGGGCCAGAGCAAGUCUUCUCGGAAGCGACUUUUUAAGUCAAAGCCUCAUGUCAUUUUCCUUGAUGUAGGAAUGACAGCUGAGCUUUCUAAAAGUGAUCGAAGUAACUUAGUUGAGUUUUUCAAGGCUGUUGCUCGUCGAGACGGUCAGAUCGCCGCAGAGUGUGCAUUAAGAUUAUCAAAGAAACAGAACUGUCCUAAUCCGAAGGCCUUUAUUGCUGAGGUGAAAGAGUCUUUUGAUUUUUGGGGCACUACCGAAGGUGAUUUGGUUCACCCAGCUGAUUGCAUGCAGCAGUUACUAGAACAAGUUCGUCGACAUAGAGUAAAUAUUGAUGGCAAUGUGUGCACUGUAAUGGUUACAACUUUGGUUCUUGAGGGUUGGCAAAGGAAGCUCGACCCAGAUUAUGAUGUAAUGCACACUCUCCAGACAAUUUUGUUCAAAGCUGAUUGGGCGAAGUCACUCACUUACACGAUUGAAAGGCUCAUGGCUCCCUAGAGAAGUUUUGUCUAUCUCUAACAUAAGACCUGCAAUUCUGCAAUUCUUACAAUGACAGAUAACCUUAGUGAUGUAUAUGUGUUACCGUAAAACCUUUGGACGGUUGGACCUCCCCUUAGCCUUUACAUAAUUGCGGUCCUGCAAAUUAUGUAAUUGGAAAAAAUUUUGGCGAUUUCUUUUUGAAAGUCAUAAUUGGCUGAGAUUUUGAGCAUUCUGACAAGAUUGAGAGCAUUAUGGUAAAAGUUUAGGUUGGGCUGUAUUCCUUUCAUUCUAUAGAUAUAUAUGUUUUUCACAAUAAAUUGUAUAUUAUUACUGUUAAGAAUCCUGCUUUCAGAGGUUCAGAACUCCUUUUUUCCAGCCCCAAAUGCCAUUGUUUUCCUAUUAUUCAGUACUGUUAUGUUUGUAGUAGGGCUGUAAAUGAACCGAGCCGCUCGCGAGUUAUUCGCGAGCCGACUCGGUCAAUACUCGACUCGAAAUCGAGUUGAUCGAGUUUGAGUCGAGUUCGAGCCAGCUCUUUCAUUAAUCAAGUCGAGUUUGAGCCAAUGUAAUACUUGCUCGGUG